ACUCCACCUGGCUGGUGUGUGGAGAACAACUUAGAAGUUUCUGUCUAUAGUGUACCUCUGGUUAUUUAAAUGAAAACUAAUUAAAAUUAAAACUUCAGUUCCUUCGUUACACAUUUUCUUUGGUUUCCUGAGAAGUCCCAUUAGCCACAUUUCAAGUGCUCAGUAGACACGUGUGGCUACUCUACUGGACAGUACGGAUAUAGAAUAUUUUCGUCAACACAGAAAAUUCUAUUAGACAGCGCUGUUGGUUACACUCAUUGGUUAUACACUCAGAAUCCACAACCUUCAGACACACACACAGACCAGUCCCCUAAACAUCGCCAUUCACACAACUCCUCCAAACCCCACAUGCAGCAUACAACACACAUUAAUUCUACCCACAUUGCACACACCCACUCAGCAUACAACAGCCACCCACCAACACAGCCCCACAAGACUCUUGGUGUGUGUAUACACGUCCUAUCCAAAUAUGCCACUGUCCAUACCAAGGUAAACAAAAAUAAACACAUAAACACAUACUUCACACUGAUUCACAUACCACUGCUCAUAUGAUAAAAAUACAAAUCAGGGCAAAACGCAUUUGAAAACACGCUGAAAUAGAUACAAACCCCAGGCAUGUGGCUCUUAUAACAAAUCCCAGCACAUGUUUGCAAACUUAAGUAGGGGGGAAGGGAACCCACAUUUGUGGAGCUCUUGACAAUAUGCCAGGCACAAAGUUAGCCAUUUCAAUGCAUUAAUUUAUUUCAUCUCACAGCAACCCUGUGGCAGAGAUACCUUAUUCCAUUUUCAUAGAUGAGACAACUAAGGUUCAGAGAGGUAAAGUAACUUACUUGAAGUAACACAGUAGCAGAGUCAAUAGGAACCAAGAUUUGUCUAACUCCAAAGCCAAUGCACUAUCUCCAGACACAAACAUUGUAAUGCACACACACACACACACACACACACACACAUUCCAGAUGAUGUGCUCUCCUCUGUCCCCAAGAAAGUGAAGCUCCUCGCCCAGCAACUGCAGGUAUUUGCAGAUGAGCACGGAGUUGCCCGGACUUAUUCACACUCCCUCCUGACAAAUGGCAUUAAGUCAUUCAACAAACUCUUGCCAGGUGUCUUCUACGUGCCAGACUCUGCUACAUGUUGAGACACAAAGGUAAAAAGCCAUGUCUUUGCCUUGAAAGAGUUCAGAGCCCAGCAGGGAGGUGUGAGGGGGACCUGCAGAUAACAUAGGACAUAUAAUAGACAUGCUCUAUAAUGGAAUAAAGAAGAUAAGCCCAAACGCAGGAAACCAUUAGUAACAAAGGAGUCCCUGGGUGGUCCAAACGGUUAAGUGCUGAACUACGAACCAAAAGGUUGGCUGUUCAAAUCCACCCAGGGUGCCUCAGAAGUAAGGCCUGGCAACUUGCUUCUGAAAGGUCACAGCCUUGAAAAGCCUAUGGAGCAGUUCUACUCUGCACAAUGGGGUUGCUAUGAGUCAGAAUCGCCUCGACAGCAACCAACAACCAUAACAUGGGGAAGGAAUCCUGGGUCUGAGUGGAGCAGUUAAGGAAGGCUUCUUGGAGGAGGCAGAAUGUGAGAUGAAGCUUGAAGAAUGAGUGGGCCGAAGAGAUGGCUAGGGACUGCUGUUCCAAAAGAUGAGAUAGAUCAGGGAGGUAGAUGCCAGGGCAUUGCAGGUUCUGGGGCUUAAGUCAUCCUCUGGUACCUGGGAGAGAGUGAAGAAUUUUUACAGUGGAGAAAUUAGAUCUCAUUUGCAUAUUAGAAAGAAUGGGCAGAAGGGAGAAAAGUUUGACCUAUGAAGAGGCUACUGCAGAAGUCCAGGCAAUAGGACUGUAAUGCAUCCGGACAAAGUCGUGGGUGGGGGCCAGGCAAGUGUAGCCUGGCUCUGAGUUAGAGCAAGGUAAACAGGAUUCUGACACAUGAGAAUCUGACGAAAGCUAUGGAACUUCUCUCAGAACAAAGUACAUGUGCAUAAGCACAUGACAUUUUGCACAUGAUUACAGGGGUCUUAUAUUCCCGAAAGCUCCAGGUUAAAAAGCCAGUUCCUUGGAAUUCUAUGCGUCAAAACAGCAUAGUGCUUAAACCUGCGGAUGCUGGAGCCUGACUGCUUGGUUCAUAAUCUCAGCUCCACCACCUACUAGCUGUGUGACCUUGGGCAAGGCAUUGAAGUUUUCCUCCUCUGUAAACCAGAAGUAAUCCUAGCACCUAUGUCAAGGGUCGUUAACAAUGAUUAAGUGAGUUAAUACAUGUAAAGUGCCUAGAACCGUGUGUGGCACACAGAAAUGCUCAGGAAGUAUUGGUCGUUAUUAACAUGGGGUUAAAUCAAGGUGCUAUUGAGACCCCCACACUACACUCACUCCGCUUUGUACGAAGCUUCACGGUGGGCAGCUUGGUAUCCUCUGGUGUGGGCCCUCCUGCCCAAGCCCCAGUACUCACUUUUCCCUUUCCUUGAACCUAUCUCUUCCUUUUUAAUUUGAGCCCCUACUAGCCUCACACUUGGUUAUUAAAGAGUUAAGCCUCCUAACCCCUCUUCUGAGAGGAGGAAGAAGAGGACCUAGGCCCUAUCUCCACGAAGGCCCAGUCUUUUCCUUUGCUUUGAGAUGCCAGUGCUAGGAAGCACAGUGCCUUUCCCAACGCUAAACUUCCUGCCUACAAUCUGCCAAUCUCUCUAAAAUGUUCCAGCUCCACAUUUUCUACUGGUCCUAACAGGAGGUGGGCAACAGGUGGGAGAAGCAGAUGCCAAGUUCAUUUAACUGUGUGAUAGAGGAGAAAGCAUGGGAUUUCAACCAGAAGGUCCCUACUAAGUAACUGUGUGUCCCUGAGCAAGUCUCUUCCCCCUCUCGGCCUCAGUUUUGUCAUCAUACUUGUCCUUCUGGGGAAGACCCAGGGCCAGCUUGGAUCACAUGGCUAAGCACCCCUGUCAGCUACUGUUCUCCUGCCUUCUGAGUCUUCAAAACUACACAGCUCCUGCUGCCACUGCAACUAGCAGCAAAGCAAGAGGGAAACUGAGGUAGGACUUAGGGUCAUUAACCACAGCAGGCUUUAGUGAAAAGAGCUGACCCUCCCAGCUCAUUGGACCCCUGCCCAUCUCUCUGCGUGACUUUCCUAGACUCGGUCUUUUGAUCUGUGUUUCUUUGACUUGCUUAUGAAUUCCUUGAGGGCACAAGAGCCUUUUCCAUUUCUUUAUCCCCAACGUCAACCACUGUGCCUGAUACAUAGUAGUCACUCAUUCAUUCAAUGGCUUUUACUGAGCACCGUGCUAGGUACUGGGAAUACAAAGUCGAACAAUCCAGACAAGGUCCCUGUCCUCGUGGAGUUUAUAUUCUAGUGAGGAUGACUGGCAGUAAAGAUGCAAACCAUGAUAAUUACAAAUUAUGACAAGUGCUGUUUAGAAAAUACUGUUGUGAUGUGGGGGGUGGUUUACUUGAGAGUAAGGUGGCAGGGAAGGUCUGACAUCUGAGCUGAGACAUGAAGGAUAAAAACAGCCAGACAAGAACAUCUUCGUUUAAUAAACCUGUGCUGCAAGGAUUGUUGUAAUUAGCUGAAUAAAUGAAUAGCUAUAUGGUGGAUAAAACCAAACUCUGGUGGCGUAGUGGUUAAGUACUACACCUUCUAACCAAGAGGUUGGCAGUUCGAAUCCGCCAGGCGCUCCUUCGAAACUCUACGGGGCAGUUCUACUCCGUCCUGUAGGGUCGCUUAUGAGUCGGAUUGACUCGACGGCAGUGGGUUUGGUCUUUCUUAGGUAUAUGGUGGAUGGAUAGACUAACAGUCAGAUAAACCAUCUGGGUAGGUUUUGGUGUGAAUGAGAGUCUCGCUGUAGUACUGUACCUAGUCUUAACAGAAGAGAGGAGGGUGGGCCAAAAAAAACCCCUUUGCCGUCGAAUGGAUUCUGACUCAGAGUGACCCGUUUAGGGCAGAGUAGAAGUGCCCCACAGAGUUUCGAAGGCUGAAAUCUUUCUCACGCAGGGCGGCUAGUAGCUCAAACCGUCGAUCUUUUGGUUAGCAGCUGAGCGCUUAACCACCGCACCACCAGGCUCCUUGGAGGCUGGGCUGGGAUGGAUGGAAUGGGCCCAAGAUUCCUCAAGCUUGCUCUCACCUGAACGCGUGUUGAACUAGUCGACCGGCCCGUGAGGCCACAGGGGGGCGACCGAGAGCUCAUUCAUUUCUCCUUUAAGGCCAGGGCGGAAGGCUGGCGGGUGAAGGAACUUUGUGUCGGCAGGAUAGAAAUAAGGCGGAACUUUAAGAGGGCGGAGACACUUGGAGUGGCGGUGGGUUCGAAUGCGGCUCCCAGGUUCCCGGAGACGCUCCCUCUAUCCCCGCCCGGGUCACAACGACACCGCCCUCCGGCUCCUCCCAGGGGGCACCGUCGCCGGAACUCCCAUCCUCCCGCCCGGACCGAGUCCGAGGCCCCGGCGCCCGCCUUAGUCGGGGGCCCGCCAGGGCAACCCACGGGCCGGAGCCCACCCGCCGUCGCCAUGGCAUGCAGUUUGCAGAAGCUGUUUGCUGUGGAAGAAGAGUUUGAAGAUGAGCUGGACUGGCAAUCAGAGAAGAGUGACACUGCCUGAAGCACUCAGAGAGCCAGCAAGACCCCAGUCCUCAGCCUUCUGCCCCCUACCCACCUUGGAGACUCAGCAGCAGGUUGUUGGUGGCCCUCAGGGACCUGAGCAAGAUGAAUUUGAUGACGUCCUGGCAAGCAUGGAGCUGGAGGGGCCUGGCACGGAGCUAGAACUUGGAGUUAGCAGUGAGGCCACAGGAAUCCUGUCCCCCUGUCAGGGAGAGGACCUGGUAUUGGCCAAAAAGGCCCGGGUAGCUGAGCCGAGUGGAUCUUGCCCAAAAGGGUCUACGCUUGCCACCCACAGUAGGCAUGAUGGCCUUAUUUCAGUCCAGGGCCAGCCUCUAGAUCCAGUUGUCAACAGCAAGACUCCACAGUGCCACUUGAGACCUGGUGCCCCUGGUAGCCUUCCUAUCCCAACUGCUUCAACAGUCCGCACUCAACAAGGCCACUGGGGAGUCUGUACCAAAGGCUCCUCUCUUCAAGCACCCCACCCGCUCCAAUCUGCUAGAGGUUCUUUUCAGUGCAGCCCUCAAAACCGUUUCUCCCACCAGCCACCCCAGUCUCCAGGUGGCUGUUUCGGUGGCAAACCUCGAUUCCCUGGAACACGGACUCCCAACUCAGGCUGUUCUGCUCCCUCAAGGGUCCUCUCUGGAUUCUGUCCACGGGGGCUCUUAGAGCCUCACGCUUCAGUGGCUUCUAUAGCGUCUCCUGCUCACACCCCAAAGGGCCCGUGUUCCUACCUGGUUCCCCAGGCAGCUCUGCAGACGCCCGUAGUCACCAACCACCUGGUGCAACUAGUCACUGCUGCCAACCGGACACCCCAGCCGCCCACCCGCACCACCACCCAAGCCAAAGCCCGCCGCUUCCCCGGCCCCGCAGGGCUCCUGCCACACCAGCAUAGCGGGAAAAAUCCGGAGGAGAUCAUGGUUUCCACACCUCAGACUCCGACUCAUGGUGCUCUGGCUAAAUUCCGGAUGGAGAUUGUUGCUAGUUCCCAGGCAUCGGUAGAGGAGGAUUUUGGGCGAGGGCCUUGGCUGACCAUGAAAUCUUCUCUGGGCCUGGAUGAGAGAGACCCCACCUGCUUCCUCUGUACCUACAGCAUCAUCAUGGUGCUGCGGAAGGCCGCCCUGAAGCAGCUGCCCAGGAACAAGGUCCCCAACAUGGCGGUGAUGAUCAAGUCCCUGACCCGGAGCACGAUGGACGCCAGCGUAGUUUUCAAGGACCCCACAGGGGAGAUGCAGGGAACAGUGCACAGGGUGCUGCUGGAGACACGCCAGAAUGAGCUGAAGCCAGGCUCAGUGCUGCUGCUGAAGCAGAUUGGAGUGUUUUCUCCUUCACUCCGGAAUCACUACCUCAACGUGACGCCCAACAACUUGGUUCAUAUUUACAGCCCAGAUUCUGGGGAUGGGAACUUCCUCAAGGCAUCUCAGCCCUUCCGCAAGGACCUAGGAAGCUUCCACAGCAGCCUCCAGCGUGAAGUGGAUGCGAAGUCUGAGGAAGACCUCAGAACAGCACAGCACCCAGAGGCAAGGGCGUCCCCUGAGGAAGAACUCUCAGAAGCAGAUGAGCUGGAUGGGCUCCUGAGCGAGCUCCCUGAGGACUUCUUCUGUGGUACCAGCAAUUGGGACUGCCCCAAGGCAGGGCACCCGCCAUGAGCAGGCAGCCUCUCAGCACCCAGGCAAGGCUGUGGCUGUGUCCGACCAUGCCCAAGGGAGAGAAGAUGACCAUCGCAAUUGGAAAAUACACAAAGCAUGGGCCUCUGUGGCUGCUCCCACCCCGGAUGCUUUCCCUGAGAACGUCCUUGUCCCUGAGAUUCUGCACUGCCAUCACUUUGGGUCUUCCCUUGGCAUUCCAGAAUGCGGCCUAAGACUGGCUCUCCAGCCCUCCAGCCCUCUGACGUGUUGACCCUUCUCCUGCCAACAGAGAAAGUGUGUCACCUCCAGUGUCACUCUCCCCACCUCAGCUUGACUUGAGAGGAUAUUGGGUCUCAUGUCCUCAUCCCUUUACUCCCUAGUCCCUGGACAGCUGAGGAGCUGCGAGGAGCCACACCACAGCAGUGGUGACCUGUCCUUCUGACCUGGGAAGGACACAUGCACACUUGCCUCUGCUUUGUCUCUUGAGGCCUGUGGCUGCCUAGCUCACUGUGCCCAAGAUUCCCAGGUACAGGGCCAGGAGUGUGGGCUGUUGUACCUUGUCCUGAAAUAAAGCAGCCUUCCCUCACCUGCCUCCCCUUCCUUUUUGCCCAUGCUGCUGGUUGUCCUGUCUGUCCUGCCAGCGGUGCUUGGGCCAGAGCAGGGCUCGGGCAGAUGACCAGACCAGGGCACAGCCAAGCAACUCAUUUUUUCCUUUCUUUCUUUUUUUUUAAUAAACUUUUUAUUUUAGACAGUUUCAGAUUUACAGAAAAUUGAGAAGAUAGUACAGAGUUCCCACAUACCCCAUACCCAACUGUCCCUAUCUUUGUCACAAUUAAUGGACCAGUAUUGAUACAUAAUUAUUAAUUGAAGUCCAUACUUUAUAUUUCCUCAGUUGUUCCCUAAUGUCCUUUUUCUGUCCCAGGAUCCCGGCCAGGACAGCACACACAUUGAGUGGUCACGUCUUCUUUCAGCUGUGGUAGUUUCUGAGAUUUUCUUUGUUUUAGAUGACCUUGCCAGCUUUGAGGACUGGGCAGGUAUAUAGUAGGGUCCCCAUCUAUUGAACUUCGUCUGAUUGUUUCUUAAUAAUUAGAGUGGCUUAUGGGUUUUGGGGAAAAAGACCACAGAGAUAAAGUGCCAUUCUCAUCCCAUCAUCUCAAGUGUACAUUCUAUGAACUUAACCUCACUUUUGAUGUGGACCUCGAUCACUGGCUGAGGUAGUGUUUGCCAGGUUUCUCCACUGGGAAGUUACCCGCUCCCCUUGCCAUACUGUACUCUUUGGAAAGAAGCACUAUGAGCAGCCCACACGUGAGUGGGGGGGUUAAUGCUCUACCUCCUUAAGGGCAGAAUAUCUACAUAAACAAUACGGAAUUCUGCUUGGGAGAUCGGUCUUUUCUCCCUCAUUUAGUUAUUUAAUCGUUUAUUAUAUCAGUAUGGACUUGGGAAUAUUCAUGUUAUACUUCGGGUAAUUUUGUUGUCAGGCAACCCUUCGUCACUGUAGCUUCUCUGUACCACUUUUCAACCCCAAGUUGAUUAGGGUAUAGUAGGUCUAAUUAUACCAAGUUGCCAACCUUGUUUUCCUAUCUGGAAUGAAGGGCAGAAGGGAAAACUCCCGAUUCAUGGGUGGGGGGUGAUCUAAAGAUCCCAGUUUAAUUGCCAGCCUCCCUGGCCUCUCAGCCUCAACCUUCACUAAGGAACUGUGAGCUGGGGGCCAUCUGUGGGCUUGGCACUGCUCUGGGGGAUGCAUAAACUCCCUUUUCCCAAAGAAAAAACUGAUCCCGGUAGAACUUCUGGGCUCCCUGUGGGCCCAUGGGCAGAUUGAAAUAAAGCCCUUUUUCUGCCUUCAGGAAGCUAACAUUAAGGAUGAGGAGACAGAACACACUAUCUCUGGGCACUAAGCUGUAGUCAGCACUUUCAGUCCUGUGUGGCAAGGAGGCAAGAGAGAUGCUGGGGAGGUCAGCAUAGACAUGGGCCCAUGUGCCAUGACUGUUGUGUGCCUUAGGGAGAAAGGGGAUGCCAACCCCGCCUUGCCAGGCUCCCAACCCUGGGA